UUAUGGCUGCGCAACGAUUGUUAAUUUAAAAAAAAAACUCUUAAUCUGACAAACAAUCCUCAUUGGAACAUGUAUUCUGAUUUAUUGAAUAUGCAAGCUAAACUUGCAUAAAAGGUGCAUAAAACAGAGAUUUAUUUUGCAUACAGAAAAAUGUUUUCCUAAUAACUUAAAACAGACGUUUUUACGCUAUUGUGUUGUACAUCAUUUUAUCUGCUGCCAAUGCUUUAAUAAUAGACAGACAUUUUUAUUAAUAUGCACUAUUUUUCUUCACAGUAAUUUUGGUUUAGUUGUUCAAGCGAGGGUGAUUUUCACACUUCGGUUCGGGAAAAAACAGGACGUGCUAGAUGUAACAAGCUGGCAAUUAUGUUGUCAUUUCAUUUAGGAUUUACGUUGUCAGUGGUGAAAGGAGUGAACUGUUGGAGCGUAGGCGGCUGCACUAUCAGCAAAUUUGAGACUCAGAGGAACCAGGGGAGCUUACAAACGAUCACCCGAUCAUGUUUGAGGAAAUUAUUCGAUGCCCCACUUCAGUGUUAUUGUUUGGGGUCAUUGUCGGCUUACUAGUCCUCCAUUUUGUUAACUCCAGCUUUAGUUUACGAGAAAGGAGGGCGCCCCCAGGACCUAGACCUCUUCCUCUGUUUGGUAACCUGUUUCAGGUGGAUCUGAAGAGGCUGGACCAAAGUCUUUUUAAUCUUUCCAAGAAAUAUGGACCAGUUUUCCAAGUAUUCUUUGGACCAAAGAAGGUGGUGGUCUUGGCAGGGUACAGAACAGUCAGACAGGCUCUAGUGAACCAUGCUGAUGAAUUUGGCAACAGAGAAAUCAGUCCAGUUUUUUAUGAUUUUACAAAGGGACACGGUAUUCUUUUUUCUAAUGGAGAACCGUGGAAGGAAAUGAGGCGUUUUGCUCUGACAACACUGAGAGAUUUUGGAAUGGGGAGGAAGAUCAGUGAAGAAAUAAUUAUAGAGGAAUGUCAUUACCUUACUGAAGAAUUUGAACAAUUUGAAGAAAAAGCCUUCAACAACACCAAGGCCAUACAUUAUGCUGCUUCAAAUGUUAUAUCAGCUUUAAUGUUUGGAAAGAGAUUUGAAUAUAAGGACUUAGUUUUCCAAGCAAUGGUGGAAAGAGACAAUGAGACAAUUCAUCUAACAGGAUCAGCCUCCCUCCAGAUAUACAACAUAUGUCCUUGGCUUGGUCCUCUACUUAAAAACUGGAGGGAUAUGAUCAAGAAUGUGGAAGAUGGCAAGGCGGACGCAACAAAGAUAAUCAAGAACCUGAAGGAGACCCUUGACCCUGAGAUUUGCAGAUGCUUUGUCGAUGCCUUCUUGAUUCGGAAGAAACAUCUUGAGGAUUCUAAGGUCUUGAAUUUACACUACCAUGAUGAAAACCUGCUCUAUACUGUAGUGAAUCUCUUUGCAGCUGGGACUGACACCACUGCAACCACACUGAAGUGGUGUCUCCUUUACAUGGCCAAGUUCCCUCAUGUUCAAGAACGCGUUCAGGAGGAGCUGAGCAGGGUGGUUGGAAGCCGGCAGGUUCGAACAGAGGACCGGAAGAACUUGCAGUACACCGAUGCAGUUAUCCAUGAGUCACAGAGACUUGCCAACAUUGUUCCAAUGGCCCUUCCUCAUGCAAUAAGUAAAGAUGUCACCUUUCAGGGCUACUUCAUCAAAGAGGGAACAACUGUGUUUCCUCUUCUUACUUCUGUCCUGUAUGACGAGACUGAAUGGGAGAAUCCUUACAGUUUCAGCCCUUCUCAUUUCCUUGAUAGUGAGGGGAAAUUCAUCAGGAGAGAUGCGUUCAUGCCCUUUUCUGCAGGUCGCAGGUCGUGCCUCGGAGAGAGUCUGGCCCGAACGGAGCUCUUCCUCUUUUUCACCUCCCUCCUUCAGCAUUUUCGUUUCACUCCCCCUCCAGGAGUUUCAGAGGAUCAGUUGGAUUUAACACCAGUUGUGGGAGUCACUCUUGCUCCUACACCUCAAAACCUGUGUGCUUUCCGUCGCCACUGAGGAGUAGAGCUGGAGUUGAUUUUCCUUCCAAUUCUAUAGCAAAAGUGCAGGAUUAUUGUAGAAUAGGAUACAUUUUAGCUGUCAGAUUUUGGGUAAUGCCAGCCACAAAUUAAAGUUGUGCCGAAUACCAUAUUUCUACCCCCUAAUCUAUAGUAAUUUUACUCAUGAUUAUUCUUUUUACUAUAAACUCACAUGUAAUUCUCAGCAAUUCUCUGACAUGCUAACUCAUGCUCUUUUGCAGCAGCAGCAUUGUUUUUCUUCUUAAAUGUGUGUUGAUAUUCUCCAUAUGCCAUCAUUAAUAUCCCAUUGGCAGGAAAUAUGCACCUCAAGGCUUUUCAUUUUCCCUCGUUUCCAUGAUGAAUCGUAUUAUCUGCAUUCCAUUGAUGAGGGCUUCUUAUAUGCUGGUGCUUGUAGUUGACUUGACUCAGAGCUGAGUAACCUAAUUGUUACCACCUGUUCUGAAACCGAAAACCCUCAGUAUCAUAGAGCCGAGUAGGUCUAAUCAGAGUAUUUGCUUUCUACUAACAGCAUGUUAACCCCGCUUUCUGAAACAGGCGCAUUGAGUCUGUUUCCUGGGGUCUGCUGACUCCACGAGAGUCAGUAGACCAUCCAUAACUGAUAAGACAAAGAUAAGAUUGUUGAAUUACACAUUUAUUCCAGACAACUGAACUAUUUAAUUUGCUUGUUUUUUGUGGGGGAUGUUUCAACACUGUUAGGGCCACAUCAACCUUAGCUCAUGACUUAAUAUGAAAAACAGUAGACACGCAGCUAAAACUGAAAUAUUUUUCUGUCCCUAAAACUGAUUACAUGUGUAGUCAAUAAGGAAUACUCAAAAACACAGCUGUGGAAAACACAAACUGAUAUACAGCUGCUGAAACAUCAGUUAAAUGUGGGUGAGGUGCCCACAGAGGUACCUGAUUUUAUUUGAUUAAACAAAAUAUCAAUAAUUCUGUAUUUUCAUUUGCAGGCAAUAAAGAACACUUAAUGAAAUUAAA